UUGCUUUGUACACCGCUUUUUUUUUUUCUCUAAUUUUAUCUUAUUUUUGUUUGUGAUUUUUGUAAAAUUAAAACUAAUGGAGGCACUCCGCCUCAUCCCACCUCAGCCGCCGCUACUCCGCCACAAAGAGAGGGUCGCACAGACUUCUUUUCCUUGGCCCCACGUUUCAAAGAAAUGUAUCAUCCGGCCGUGGAUCAGAGCCGCGGUGUCAAAACCGACGGCUGAGAUCUCUUCUCCGAACAUUACUUCUCGUGAAAACGCUGUCGUUUCGUCUUCGUCGUCAAGUUUUGCGGAGGUUUCUUCUGCGCCUCCAAAGAAGGUGUCGGCGAAUUCGUUGCAAUAUCCGUCAGGUUACUUAGGUGCGGCACCGGAACGUUCAAAAGAUGAAGGAAACGGCGAUGUAAUAAAUGCGAUGGGGUAUUUAACGAAUAUAUUGUCGUCGAAAGUUUAUGAUGUGGCAAUAGAGUCACCGUUACAGUCGGCGACUAAGUUGUCUGAACGAUUGGGUAAUCAAGUUUGGCUCAAGAGAGAAGAUUUACAGCCUGUUUUCUCUUUUAAGCUUCGUGGAGCUUAUAAUAUGAUGGCAAAGCUUCCAAAGGGACAGUUAGAAAGAGGGGUUAUUUGCUCAUCAGCAGGAAAUCAUGCCCAAGGGGUUGCAUUGGCUGCCAAGAGACUCGGUUGCAAUGCUGUUGUUGCUAUGCCUGUUACAACACCAGAAAUUAAGUGGCAAUCUGUUAAGAGUUUGGGUGCAACUGUUGUUCUUGUUGGAGAUUCUUAUGAUGAGGCACAAGCAUAUGCGAAAAAAAGGGCUAAAGAGGAAGGUCGGACAUUUAUACCCCCUUUUGACCACCCAGACGUUAUCAUGGGUCAAGGUACUGUUGGGAUGGAGAUUGUGCGCCAAAUGCAAGGCCCAUUGCAUGCCAUCUUUGUACCCGUCGGUGGUGGUGGGCUUGUCGCUGGCAUUGCUGCUUAUGUAAAGAGGGUUUCCCCAGAGGUAAAGAUUAUUGGAGUGGAGCCUUUUGAUGCAAAUGCUAUGGCAUUGUCACUGCAUCAUGGUGAAAGAGUAAUGUUGGACCAGGUUGGAGGCUUUGCAGAUGGAGUAGCUGUUAAGGAGGUCGGUGAAGAAACCUUCCGCUUAUGUAGGGAAUUGGUGGAUGGUGUCGUUCUUGUAAGCCGUGAUGCAAUUUGUGCCUCUAUAAAGGACAUGUUUGAAGAAAAGAGGAGCAUUCUGGAACCAGCAGGUGCCCUAGCCCUUGCAGGAGCUGAAGCAUAUUGCAAAUAUUAUGGCCUUAAGGGAAAGAAUAUUGUAGCAAUAACUAGUGGUGCAAACAUGAAUUUUGAUAAGCUUAGAGUGGUUACCGAACUGGCUAAUGUGGGUAGACAACAGGAGGCAGUGCUUGCUACUAUUUUGCCAGAGGAACCUGGGAGCUUCAAACAAUUUUGUGAACUGGUGGGGCCCAUGAAUAUCACUGAGUUCAAAUAUAGAUGUAGUUCUGAAAAAGAGGCCGUCGUUUUGUACAGUGUUGGUGUUCACACAGUUUCUGAACUUGGAACAAUGAAGCAGAGGAUGGAAUCUUCUCAACUUAGAACUUACAAUCUUACAGCAAGUGAUUUGGUUAAAGAUCACUUGCGUUAUUUGAUGGGAGGUAGAUUGAAUGUUGAAAAUGAGGUUCUUUGUCGGUUUAUAUUUCCUGAGAGGCCUGGUGCUUUGAUGAAGUUUUUAGACACUUUUAGUCCACGCUGGAAUAUAAGUUUGUUCCAUUACCGUGGUCAGGGUGAAACAGGAGCAAAUGUUUUGGUUGGAAUUCAAGUUGCGAAGGGUGAGAUUGAGGAGUUUCACCAUCUUGCCGAUAGACUUGGAUAUGACUAUGUAUUGGUAACUGAUGACAAGGAUUUUCAACUUUUGAUGCAUUGAUUAGAGUCAGUUCUGAUACUUUAGCUCAAGUCGACAUGGGCACAAUGCACAUGUUAAAGAAAGCGAUGGAGCAGAUGCAAAGUGAUUUCCAAUCUUCCUUAGGCACUGGAAUAGCGGGACAUGGCUAUUUCGUAUUCAUUUUUUGUAAUUUAUGGAAUUAGAAUGUAUGUAGUUCUACUAAGAAUGAUUAGGAUUUGGUUUCUGCUGCUUGUUACAUGACUAGUUUUUCUUGCUAUGUACUAGUAAUACAUUCAGACUUACGUACAACAUAUAUCAGCUUGAUGCUUUGAAAUGUUGUGAAGUUCAUAUAUGAACUAUUUUUAUAUAGAAACUGGUUCUGAAAAUCAGUUGAAAAAGCAAAUGCCAAAAUUUGAGCUUCUUUGCAAGCUUAUGGAAUCCAAUAUUCCAAUUGGACAUUCCAUGAAUUGAAAUUACUAGGAGAUGCUGUUUCCCAACCA